AUGCCAGCCCCCGCUCUUAUUCAAGCAGCAACCUUGCAGCGCUUCAUCUUGGCCUGGAAGAAAUGGGAUGCCCAGGAAUGGAUCUCUACCUUCUCCGACGACUUUGAACACGUCACCCUCCCUGUCGGCCAAGGCAUUCCCAUUCGAUCACGGCCUGAUGUUGAACUUCUCUUGCCCGCCCUUGUUGCGACAGUCGAGUCAUACGAGCUUACAAUCCGCCAUGUCAUCCAUGACCCAGGGAGUAACAAGGCUGCUAUAUACGCUGUGUCCAAAGGAAAUCUUCCGUGGGGAGAUUGGAAUCUGGAGUACUCGGCAUUUGUGAGUUUUACUGAAGAUGGGAAAAAGGUAGCCAGGUUGGAAGAGAUGCUCGACACGGCGUUCUUGCAGGACUUCGGGCCGAAAUAUGAAAAAUACCUGCAGGAUAAUGGGGGCCCUGUUGCUGUCGCUGCGCGAGGGAGUUGA